CAUAAUAUCACAAUUCAAAUAAUAAGGCUCUAUAGUUAUAAAGGUCUUGCAAUGAUGAAAUAUUUUAAAAAGACAGAAGAGGAUAUGCUUUAUAAAAUUCAAUAUGCUAUUAAGUUUAUAUUUUUUGAACCAAGAUUAAUAAAAUUGGCAUCUUCAGAGGCUAUUUUAUUAGAAAAAGUUAAGUUCAGAUCAUCAGUUCUUAAAAAGUGA